GGGUGGGGGUAAAAGAGACGUCCAUGUGAUAGCGCCAAGUUCUCUCAUAUCUUCUCGUUCCAUUCGUAAGACAAAGUGCGGUCACGCCGUGCCGAUUUUCAAUUACUUUUCACAAAGCUUUAUCGACAUUUCUAUUUAAAAGUCAUUUCCAUUGCGAAAUAAAAGAUGUACAGAUUACCAAACAUGAUGCGCUCUGUAGCUCUGCGCCAGAUGCAGUUACAGGCACGAACUUAUGCCAAGGAUGUUAGAUUUGGUGCAGAAGUACGAGCACUUAUGUUACAAGGUGUAGAUAUUUUGGCAGAUGCAGUAGCUGUAACGAUGGGUCCUAAAGGACGUAAUGUUAUCUUGGAACAAAGUUGGGGCAGUCCCAAAAUUACCAAAGACGGUGUUACAGUUGCUAAAGGUAUAGAAUUAAAAGACAAGUUUCAAAAUAUUGGAGCUAAAUUAGUACAGGACGUUGCCAAUAAUACCAACGAAGAAGCUGGAGAUGGAACAACAACGGCUACUGUUUUAGCAAGAGCAAUAGCUAAAGAAGGUUUUGAAAAGAUUAGCAAAGGUGCUAAUCCUGUUGAAAUCAGAAGGGGAGUAAUGUUAGCAGUAGACAAAAUUAAAGAAGAAUUAAAGCAUUUGAGCAAACCCGUAACAACGCCUGAAGAAAUUGCCCAAGUAGCAACUAUUUCUGCUAAUGGAGAUAGUGCUGUUGGAAAUUUAAUUUCCGAUGCCAUGAAAAAAGUUGGAAAGGAUGGUGUUAUUACUGUUAAAGAUGGAAAAACCCUUCAUGACGAGCUUGAAGUAAUCGAAGGAAUGAAAUUCGAUAGAGGAUAUAUUUCCCCUUACUUUAUCAAUUCUAGUAAAGGUGCCAAAGUAGAGUUUCAAGAAGCAUUGUUACUCUUUAGCGAAAAGAAAAUAUCAUCUAUACAAAGCGUCAUACCAGCAUUGGAAUUAGCAAAUUCUCAACGUAAGCCGCUUGUACUUAUCGCAGAAGAUAUAGAUGGUGAAGCAUUGUCAACUUUAGUUGUCAAUAGAUUGAAAAUUGGCCUCCAAGUAGCCGCAGUAAAAGCACCUGGUUUUGGUGAUAACAGAAAAGCUACUCUUCAAGAUAUGGCUAUUGCCACGGGUGGCAUAGUUUUUGGAGAUGAUGCAAAUCUUGUUAAAUUGGAAGAUGUACAGUUAAGUGAUUUGGGACAAGUUGGAGAAGUUGUCAUUACGAAGGAUGAUACACUCUUUUUGAGAGGUAAAGGAAAGAAGAGUGACAUAGACAGAAGAGUAGAACAAAUUAGAGAUCAAAUUGAAAAUACCACGUCCGAUUAUGAGAAGGAAAAAUUGCAAGAACGACUUGCGAAAUUAGCAUCGGGCGUAGCAGUUUUAAAAGUUGGAGGAAGUAGUGAAGUAGAAGUCAACGAAAAGAAGGAUCGCGUUCAUGACGCACUUAAUGCUACUAGAGCUGCUGUGGAGGAAGGUAUUGUUCCUGGAGGUGGAACUGCUCUGUUAAGAUGUGCUCCAGCAUUACAACAAUUAAAAGCAACCAAUAGCGAUCAAGCUACGGGUAUUAAAAUCGUGGCAAACGCAUUGAGAAUGCCAUGUUUGCAAAUCGCACAAAAUGCAGGCGUCGAUGCAAGUCUCGUAGUUGCAAAAGUCAGCGAAGGAAAACUUGGUUACGACGCAUUGAACGACGAAUACGUUGAUAUGAUAGAAAAGGGUAUCAUCGAUCCUACAAAAGUUGUUCGCACAGCGCUUACAGAUGCAGCAGGAGUUGCAUCAUUAUUAACGACUGCAGAAGCAGUUGUAACUGAAUUGCCUAAAGAAGAAACUCAGGGUGGGCCUAUGGGUGGUAUGGGUGGCAUGGGUGGUAUGGGUGGAAUGGGAGGUAUGGGUGGAAUGGGUAUGUAAUUAAAAGACUGAAUAUCCUACACAAUUGCAAUUGAAAUCCGUAGAAUCAGUUCAAAUAUCAAGUUAUCGUUUGAACGAUUAAAAUAAAUAAGAGGUCAAGAUCAAUCUCUAUGAUGACUAUGGAGUCAUAAUAGUACGUUCCAUUGUUUUUUUACGCAUUUGUAAACGUUAUGUUAAAUACAUACACAUAUUUCUGAAAAA